AUGAAAUCUUUCACCUCUCUAUCCGACGGAGGAAAUGGAAAUCCUCCGCCGCCUGGGGUGGUGGGUCUGAAUUUACUGCCGCCGCCAGAGGUGGUGGAUCUCAGUGUAAAUGGAUCUUCAUCUUUUUGUUCUUUGAAAAGAAAGAGACCUGCUAAGAUUGAGAUCCCAAGUGUUCUCCAAGAAAUUAGUACAGAAGUUUUCAAAAGCUCUGAAAUUCAGGUUCAAUUUAAAAAUACUGUGUGCUUCAGUGAUUCUGGUGUCGGUGUUUUCUCACUCAAAGGCAAGAAAAAGUUCAUGGAAGAUGCCCACAAGAUUUUUUCUACCUCAAAUAAGAAAAAGAGGUUUUUUGGGGUUUAUGAUGGGCACGGUGGGACGAAAGCAGCAGAGUUUGUGACAGAUAAUUUGCAUUUAAAGAUUCUUGAGAUGCUGGAGAAUUUGCCUGAAGAUAAAGCAAAAGAAGAAGCCAUAAAGGAAGGGUAUUUGAAAACAGAUGAAGAAUUCUUGAAACAGGGGUUAGGUAGUGGUGCUUGUUGUGUUACUGCCGUGAUUGAAGGACAGGAGAUGGUAGUUUCGAACUUGGGAGAUUGCAAAGCAGUUCUAUCUAAAGGUGGAAUAGCUGAAGCCCUCACAAAAGAUCAUAGAGCAGGACAAGAAAACGAGCAGAAAAGAAUCGAGGACAAGGGAGGAUAUGUGGAGCUUCAUCGGGGAACUUGGAGAGUUCAUGGAAUACUAUCUGUUUCAAGAAGCAUUGGAGAUGCUCAUCUGAAAGAUUGGGUAUUGGCCGAGCCUGAUACUAAGGUUAUAUCUUUGACUCCAGAGAUGGAAUAUCUCGUCUUAGCAUCUGAUGGACUCUGGGAUGAGGUUGGAAAUCAAGAAGCAAUUGACAUUGUGACACGCUCAUGUUCUAUUGAAAAGAAACAGCAAUCAAUGGGAGCUUCUCUGAAACAUAAUAGCAAUGUAUAUGACUGUUUAAUUACCAGCCCUUUGUCAAAAUCACCUAGAGUUUCGCUGGUUAAGUCGAAGAGGAGACAACAGCCUACAAGCCAGAAAAAGACUAAGGCUCACAGGAAACAAAGUGAAGAUGGAUUCAGUUGCGAAAAUGAAAGUCCUCCAUCUAAGGCUCGUCGAAUUUCCAUGGUGAACCAAAUCAAGAUAAGAAGUCCAUUUUCGAAGAAUGAAAAUAAUGGCAUUACUGAGAAACUGGAUUCUUCUGGUGGACUUUUGGCUGCUUGCAAGGAGCUUGCGGGACUUGCUGUAUUAUCAUCGCUGCAUCCAUCCUUCUCCGGUGAAAUCGCUAUUGUCAUCUACAAACCCGCACCUGAAACCCUUGACACAAGUUGA